UUAAAAAAUAAACGUGUCGUAAACGUCAAUAUAAAUUGUGGACUUGUUGUGAACGUAAAAUAGAAAACAAUUUCAUAUUAUUCCAUCACAAAAUCAUGGCUUUAGUUGCAUACGAUAACAGUGAUUCAAGUGAAUUUGAAGAUGAUGACAAUGAAAGUACUGUUAUUAUUCCUACACCUAACCACAAAGUUGGAGAUACCAUUGCCAGUGAACCCGCAACUAAUGACUCUGAAGUACUCAAUCAAAGUUUAUUCAACCUCCUGCCGCAACCAUCAGCAAAAAAAACACAAGUCAUUGAAGAAGAUGACGAAUUUCUCCAUAAAAAAGAAACUGCUGCCAAUAUUGUGAAACCAAAGGCUAAAAUCACAGUACCAUCCCUGAGUGAUUUCAAGGAUGUUGAAGACAGACCACUGCCCAAGCCUAAACCCACAAAUGGAAAAAAAUCGGGUCUUUUAAGUAUGCUUCCACAACCUAGAAAUGCUGCAAUCACAAAAUCUACAUCUUUGAUUCCAAAUGUACUUACGAAAAAGCCACUAGUUCCAACAUCGGUUAAGAAAAAGACCCCAAUACUGUCACCUGUUAAAAAGGCCAGAACAGAAACUAAAGGUCUGGUUGACCACUAUUCAGAUGACAGUGAUAAUGACGAAGAAGAGACAACGGAUUUCUUCUCAAUACAUAAACCGAUUGAAGUACCUUUAGUGGAUACUCCGUUAGAUAUAGAUUUACCUGUACAAAUUCCUAAGACUGAUACAGUUGAAAAGAAACCACGGAACAUUCAGUCAUACUUUAAGCAAGAUGUACCGCAACAUGUGGAGUUGGAACCAGACUAUACUGCAUUGACAAAUGGUCCUGAAAGUUACAGCAACGCUGCAAGUUCAUCUCACAAUAAUGGUUAUGCUGAACCAAUUGGCUCCAGUAGUGAUGUAGUUUUGGAUGAGGAAGCUAUACGACAACUUUGCGGCGCGCGUGGCAAGCGGAAGAGAGAAGACAUUCAGAUCGUUGAUGUGAACCAGCAGGAGGUAUUGGCUGAUGCCAGGGAGUGGCUGAUGAAGGGCCUCAUGGACGACACUAGCAAGCGCGUGUCUUCUAGCAAGAAGAGAGGAGAUGAGCCCACAACCCAGCAGAGGAGGAAGCACCAGAUUACGUAUUUGGCUCAUCAGGCCAAGGCAAAUGAAGUUGAGCUACAGAACCAAUGGGCCAACAACAGAAUGUCCAAGAGACAGACACAAUCAAAAUACGGUUUUUGAACUUAUAAUUACGUCACUAAUUUAAUUGUUCUUGUAAAUAUAGUAUAAAAUAAGUAAUAGAACAAUAAAUCAUAAUACUAUGUA